CUUACGUCCGUGUGCCUUAUAUAAAUUUCUCUGCAAUACGUAACACUUGAAUUACUUUUUCUUGAGAGCACGUGCAUGUUAAGUGGCUGGCGAAUGUGGCGAAUGUGCCAAGAGUAUUGUUGAAGGGUUUUCUAUUAGCUUUGUCUUCUAUAGUCCUUACAGAUAAUAGGGAUCACAUCAUAGCAUCAGCCUUGAAGUCUAGUCCGCACCUUCUUUUCGAAACUGUUCCUUUAUCGCCUCUGUUUUCUAGCUUCUGCAGAUUAUUUUAAGGAAUGCUUUCUUUAGUAUCACCAGCCUUUGUGGCUGCAAUAGCAGCCCCAUACCCUGGUGCAGCCAUUGGGGGUUACAUUACUAGUAGGAAUAUGAAGAACUGGUAUAUGACAAAACUACGUAAACCCUGGUGGCGUCCUCCAAAUUAUAUGUUUGGCCCAGUAUGGACUGUCCUGUAUAGCAGCAUGGGCUAUGCUUCAUAUCUAGUUUAUCGUGAUGGAGGGGGUUGGAAAGGAGCAGCUCGCCUACCUCUUUUACUCUACGGAUCCCAGCUUGCUCUUAAUUGGGCAUGGACACCCUUGUUCUUUGGGAAAAAGUGGUUGGGUUGGGCUUGUAUUGAGCUGGUGGCUCUUAACAUCAACAUUGCUGCAUGUAUCUGGACAUUUGGAGAUAUCAACAUCACAGCGUCUUAUCUCAUGCUUCCUUAUCUCGCCUGGGGCUUAUUUGCCACAGGUUUAAAUUACUGGAUCUAUGAUAAUAACAAGGAUGGGAAGCACCUGCAGGUCAGAAGCCAGAAAAAGGAAUUGUCAUCCCCUUAGAAUGCAAUGUUUGUAUUUACAAGACUCUUGUGCUAGAGAGUCGUAGUUUCAGAAAUAAAUGUACCAUGUUAA